AUGCAAAGAAUCUGCUGCAACAUUUAUAGAGCGAAAGAGAAAGUAGAUCAGCAUUGCAGUUUAACCUAUCUAUCCGGAAUAGAUCGCAUGUGGACAAAACUCGAUUCAGGCUCUGACGAUGAGGCAACGCGGCCAAUACUGUCAAAAGACUCUAAGUCUCGCCAAGACAAGACGAAGUUAUCGUUGCGUUCCCAUCUUGACGAUCGAAAGGAGCGAAAGUUGUCUAAGGCAUUUGAUGAGAAGUACCAGGCCGAAUUUCACCCCCUGUAUCUUCAAGUGCAGUCAGCGCUACACAGGCUACAACAGAGGAAAAAUUAUGAGGACCAAAUCUGGAACACGCUCGAGAAUGGCUCUUCGAUACUUCCAUGCGAAGACCAGGUCAAAGAAUAUAACCACUCUUGUAAAGAACUCGAAAAAGAAAAGAAAGAUUUGGAUUCUAUUAGACGCCAAAGCUUUGACCGAUUGUCCUGGACAAGCCCAGAAUGGGACUUCAGGAACAGUGAACAGGGUAUAGAUGAUAAUAUGAACACAUUCUGUAAAGAAUUCAAUCUAGAUAAUAAUACUGCCAAAGAUACUGGUGAAGAACUUCACAGUGGUCAAAUUCUUGAUACCCAAAUUAGACUGUACUAUAAAUUUAUUCUCAAGUCCUGGGAGGAGAGGGAGAUUGAUAAACUUGCAAAUUAUAAACAAAAUAUCCAAGAGUAUCCAAAAAUGACUGCAGAUAUUAAGAAGAGGGUUGAAGAUGAAAGAAGCUCAAAAAAGACUGAAAAUAAUGAGAGAAUACUAAUAGAUGCUGUAAAACAAUUAAAACAAGUGGAAGAAAAGAUCAAGCAAACAUUAGAAGUUAGGCAGACAAUAUUACAUAUUUAG